CCUACUCGCGGUUUUGUUCAGGAAAUGAGCAGAUUUUCAAGUACAACUUCCUAAAAGUACAAAAUAAAAUCAGUAUCGAACGAACAUCCGACGAAAAUGUAUCUUAACAUUACGACUUUUUGUAUAACGCUUUCCUUCCUUCUGGUUCUUGUGAUUUCCACGAAAACACAAAAACCAGCCCCACUAACAAAACGACGAUUCAUCCCCAAAAAGACUGCAUGUGACCUCAACCAACUUUGUACGAAUUCCACGGCAUAUCCGAAGCUUGCAAUAAAAAGACUGCUAAAAAGAAACAAAAAACAAUUCGGGUACCUGGCAGGAUCUGUGAUCGCGCCAGCAUUUGACUUUACCAGUGAUCUUCUAAGAGCUCCAGAAGUUGAAGAAAACAUGUGUAGAACGAAGAAGAUAUCGAUGACACCGAAAGUGGCUUUCGAUAUUAAGAAGAACAGGAAGUUUAUUGUAAAUGUCGAAGAUUUUCAGCAGAUUAUCACAUACGAGACUUGCAUAGAUCUUGGAGAAUCCUGUUUUGGAAACAGCGCCAUUCCCAACGACUUCGAGACACUUUGUAAGCAAGCUUACACUGUUGUCAGAUUGCUAAGCGUAACACACACCGGUAAACUAGAAUACAGUUAUUUUCCAGUUCCCAGCACGUGCGUGUGUUCGUACAGAAAACUUAAUGAUUAUGGUUAGGACAAACGACUUGAUUGUGUCUUUAACACCGUGCUCAAUUCGCUCUCUUCUGUGUUCUCUUCGAUAUUAGAGAGCUGACAAAUUUGGUUUAGAACUAUAUAUGUGACAUUUUUUAAGUGAUACAAAACUCUUUAUUUAUUUUAGUUAUAAGUUUGCAGUAUUAUUAAAAUAAAAUCUGUA